UAGUGAAGAAGAAGAGCAAUAAGUAAACAAUUGUGUAGAUUUUCUAUUUUCUGUCUAAUUACCGCCCUUACAAUGCAAAUAAAACCAAAAACCAGCUCAGAAACCCAGCGGAUGCAGGAGCAGGAUGCAAAUCAGACGCAAAUCACGCGGAUUGAGGAGUUCAUCAACGAAGUGCUGAAGGAGGAUCUCCGGCAGCUGGAAAAGUGCAUCGGCAAGUUCAACGAGGAGAUCAUAGAGUACGUCCAGCUGAAGAACACCCUCCAGACCUUCGACACCCAUUUACCCGAGGGCUACAAGACGCAGGUGAACAUCGGCAGCAACAUAUUCAUGCAGGCACGCGUCCGCAAAAUGGACAGCAUUCUGGUCAAUGUGGGCAAGGAUGUCUACCUGGAGAUGUCCAUUCCGGAGGCGGAACGCUUCAGCGACACCCGCGUCAAGAUCCUCACCAAGCAAUCAGACGUCCUGCGAGAGGAGAGCGUCAAGAAAAGGGCCCAAAUCAAAAUGGCUCUGAUAGCAAUAAGCGAAAGAGCCAAACUCAUUCAGGAUGUUUAGAAGAUAUGGGAUAUUCUGAUUCUACAGAAUUAGAAUUAAGGUACUCUUCAAGAGACCAAUGUUUUUGGAAUUUUCUAACGUACAUACAAUAAACCCAUAACAGCUUUAAGCUCUCUUAAGGAC